AUGAGACUUUUCCAACUUUCGCGACGGCUUUUGUGUCAGAAUUUAAAGAUAACCAAGCAUGUGAGAACUGUCAAGUCCCAGGGAUUUUACUCGAAAUUCGACAAAGAUGGGGACGGGGAAAUCUCGCCCGCUGAAUUCAAGAAAAUUAUGGAAUCUUCCGAGUACGGCGAUGUUUACAAGCAUUUUGACGACGACGGAGACGGAAACAUCACCCCAGAAGAACUGAUUUCCAUCUUGGUCAAACUCGGAGAAGUCCCAAUGGAUCUUGCACUUUACUUCAACGACAUGAGUAGCUCCAGCUCGACAGAAUUCGCUGGUGUCGUCAACUUCCUUACGAUUUUGACCAAUUACUGCUCCAUGAAAAACCCCGCAAAAGUGGAACAAGAAGUCCUCCAAGAUUUGGAGCAGUUCGCAGAAGGCAGCGAAACCAUCAACAAAGAUCAGCUUCAGGACUGGCUCUUCAAAAUUCACCCAGAAUUCGACGAUGACCUUCUUGACGCGCUCGCGGAGGGGGCUGAUUUAGACGGUGAUGAUGAGAUCAACUACAUUGCUUACGUCCAGCUCGUCACUCGACAGAUCCUCAAACUUCGAAAGGUAAAAGAGAACUUGAUCGAGGCUUUUCUUCUCUUACUUCACUUUUCAAUGACUGAAAAAAUAUUCAGUAAGGUGCCAAAAAGCGUUUACGGUGGCUACAAUUUCAAAACAAAUCGAGGUUAA